AUGAGCCCCAUCCCUAUGGGACCAGGAGGGAUUGGCUUGGGGAAUCCUCUGCCACCGGGGACACCUAAUGCUGCUUUGGAGUUACCGCAUACGCUAGUUGAGAAUAACUAUCUAACCCCGACAAAGUGCAAAAUUUGCGACAAGAUGUUGAAAGGGUUGAUUAGGCAAGGAUUGAAAUGUAGAGACUGUGGGGUCAACGUUCACAACAAAUGUGCCUAUCAACUGCCAUCGAACUGCACAUUGUCCGAUCAUGCCAUCAGUAGGAUGAGCAUCACCGAGACCCCAUCAUCUACACCAUCUAAUAGAAGCAGUUUGGUGAACAUGGAUGAAGAGCCGAGCAGCAGCGAGAAUAUACCAUUAUUCCGCUUACCUGGUACGUUGUUUACCUUGGUGUCAUAUUCACACGAUCUGUCGUACAUUACCAAAACAACCUCAAAUUUAUAUAAUUUCACAAUGACUACUUGA